UUGGAGGCCACUUUGUUAAACAUGUCCUAUAAAAGGAGGUUAGAUGGGAUUUCUGUAUGCUUCAUUCUAACACACACAAAUCCCCCAGAAUUGCAAACUUUGAGACGAUACAAACAUGGCGGAGUUCCUGUGGACCUUUGCCAUACAAAAAGUGUUGCCGAGCAGAUCGGCCUGACAUGGGGAUUCAAGGAGGAACUCUCAAAGCUGAAGGACUCUUUACUCAUGGUGCAAGCCAUCCUAAGGGAUGUUGAUAGAAUGAAGGCAGACCUUGAAUCCCAGAAGCUAUGGGUGAAGAAGCUUGAAGAUAUCGUCUUUGAAGCUCAUAUUUUACUCGAUGAGCUCGCUUAUGAACACGUUCGAUGCAAAGUGGAAAUCGAGAAAGAUAAGGUGGUACGUAAUUUCUUUUCAUUCUCCAAAAAUUCCCUUGCUUUUCGUCUCAAAAUGGCAAAUAAAAUCACAACUAUUUCUAAAACGUUGGAUGAGUUUAUUUCUACAAAAAGUCCAUCCCUAUGUGUUGCUACAAUAUCCAAUGAAGCUGAAAUUGAUAUUUACCAAACUCGAAAAACGGACUCAUUUUCUGAUGAAAUUGGAGUUAUUGGAAGGGAAACUGAAGUAUUAAAUAUAGUGGAUAACCUAUUUGCCCUUAAGAAUCAAGAAACUCUAGUUGUUUUACCCAUUGUUGGUACUGGUGGGUUAGGAAAAACAACUCUGGUGAAGGAGAUUUUCCAUCAUGAAAUGAUAAGGAAGAAUUUCGAUACUUUUAUAUGGGUAUGUGUGUUUGAUCCUUUUAAAAUCAACAAAAUUUUAAGAGCAAUCGUGGGAUACAUGAAGCCUACAUUUGGUGGCUCAGAUUAAAAGGAAAUCAUUCUUCGAGAGCUCCAAAAUCUGCUAAGUAACAAAAAGUAUUUUGUUGUGCUUGAUGAUGUUUGGAAUGAGGAACCCAUUCUCUGGAAUGAGUUGAGGGCUUGUUUGCUAAAGAUCAAUAAAAAUAUGGGAAGUGCUAUCGUUGUGACUACUAGAAGUGAUAAAGUUGCAGAAAUUAUGGAGACAAAAUACCGACAUCAUUUGAGGCAGUUACUAGAUGAUCAUUGUUGGUCUUUAUUUGAAAAAUGUGCAUUUGAAAGUAAAUUACCAGUAAUUUCUGAUGUCAUUCGAGCACAACUUGUUCAAAAAUUUGGUGGCAUACCAUUGAUUGUGAAAGUGUUGGGAGGAAUGGUGAAAUCAUGCAAGAAUGAUGAGGAAUUGCAAUCUGACUUUGGAAAAUCCAGUGAGAAUUGAAUUAGCAAAGGAAGAUCUUAUUUUAUACACAAUCAAAUUAAGUGUGGACCGCCUACCAUCUUCCUCGUUGAAACAAUGUUUUGCCUUCUAUUUAAAUUUUCCACAAGACUCCAUGUUCCUCAAAGAAGAACUUGUUCAAAUGUGGGUAGCACAAGGAUUUAUUCAACUACCCAAUGGAAGCAAUGUAACAAUGGAGGAUAUUGGAGCGAGAUAUUUUGAUAUUUUGUUGUCUCGCUCCUUGUUUCAAGAUGUUUUCAAGGAUGAGAGA